CAGCUGUAACUGUAAUGCCCAGAUGCCUCGGCCAGUGAAGGUGGUGGCCGUUGGGGGACAGAGCUAUGUCAGUGCCAUCCUCAGAUUCUUCGUGGAACAGCUUGCCAAUAAGACGUCAGAUUGGCUCAACUACCUCCGGAUCCUCAUUGUGCCCCUGGGGUCCCACCCUGUCGCACGGUACAUGGCAUCUGUGGACAGCAAGUACAGCAGCCUGUUCCUUGACCAUGCCUGGACAGAGGUCUUCACCAAGACUGAGACUCCCACCACAGAUGCGCUGGAUGUGGUCGGACGGAUCAUGCAGUAUAUUUCAGGAGCACACGUUUCUCUCCAGCUCCCGAUAGCUGAGGCCAUGCUGACUUGCAAGCACAAGAGCCAUGAAGACGACUCCUAUCAGAAAUUUAUUCCCUUUGUUGGAGUGAGUAUUUCAACCCCAGACUCUUACACAGGCUUCAGGGAAGAGAGCUGCUCUGGAUCUGGUCACGCACUGUCAGACAGACACACACACACACAUACUUUCUCUGUCCUCUCUCUCUCAUACACUCACAUUCACACACACAGACACUCUCUCUCUACAGACACGAACGCGUUCU